AUGCCGCCCGCCGCGCUACCCACCGACAAAUCGCUCUCAUCGGCCACAACGGCCUUGGAGACGGAUCUGACCAUCGGACGAUCGGGUUCCACCAUUAAGGGCGUCGUGGCCAUACUGAAUUGUAUCCUGGCACGACAGCUUUGCUUUGAGGAUCCCUCAUGUUCGGCCAUAUUGGAAAUAAUUCCGCGCGUCUGUGGGCCCAUACCAGUGUCCUGCAGCACGGUGACGGUGACCAAGUGCCAGGCUGCCCUCCGCACUCUGCAGGCCUUCCAGUUCUUCCGGCCCACCUGCCUAUGCAAAGAACCUGGAAUGGAUCCCGACUGCAAUCACUUUCGGGACUUUCUCUUCGAUCAUCCAUGCGGAUUUGUGCUGAAGAAAGCUGAAAAGGAUCCGUACCCCAUCGAUGCACUACCAACUUGCAACCACGCCCUUUCCGUUUGCCAACAGGAACGCAAAUGCCUGAAACUCUUCGAGGACUUCAAAACGCACUGUAAAGUGCGGGAUAAUAAAUGCAAAAUGGAAAACAGGGACGCCUGCCACGAUUCCUGGACCAAUUUGAGGCUUUCACCGAUGUUCGGAUGCAUCUGUCCGAAUAACCAUAUGAAAAAGCGCUGUGAUCGUAUCUUUAAUAUUGUUAAUCACAAUCCGUGUGUGGAUAGACUAAUAUUUUUCCCCAACGGUCUGCCCAAAUUGAAGCAACAGAGACCAAAGGCAAAGCCGCGGCCAAAACCGAAAGCGAAACCGAAACCCAAGCUAAAGCAAAAGCACCAUGGCAUCAAUGGCACCGAGCUCAUGACCAACAAUAUCGAGUACCACGACGAACCCAACGGACUAAAUGAACCAGAGGAGGAGGGUAACGAGACCGAGGUUGAGGAUCCCGAUGGGAAUGCUGAGGACGACGAGGAUGAGGAGGACGAUGAUUAUGAUGACCGCAUACGAGCCGAGAUUUAUUCGAAUUACCCGCACUACCUUCAUCCGCCGUCGUGGGGCAUUAACAAUCCUUUGGUCCUCGCCUCGCACAGUCCGCACACUUUGGACGACGACGACGAUGUGGUGGUGGAGGUGGUUAGCAACAAGAAGCCACCGCCAUCGGUGCACCAUCACAACACUGAGCUGGAGCACGAUGUGGUGGUGGUUGUCGAUGCUGGACCACACUCCCAUUCGCAUCCACACUCGCACACCUACUACAGCCAUGGCGAUCAAAGCUCCACGACGGGAUCUGGUUCUGGAUCUGGACUUUCGGUGCCAGCACCCACUCUUCCCAGCCCACCUAACACUGGCACCAAAAUGCACAAAACAGCACCACUCGGCGAUUUAGUUGCCGGCAGCGAUAUUACCCACCGCACCUACACAGGACCCACGAUGGAUGAACGAGUAAGAAUAUUGGGCAUGGACGAAAAACUGCAUCAGAGAAUCUUCAAUGAUAAUUUGGCCCUAAUUGAUACGCCACUUAUUGCCAUGGGCACCGGCUCCGGUUCCGGUACGGUCACCACAUCUGGUUCCGGUUCCGGUUACGGACUGGGCAUGGGAAUGGGCAUUGGCAUGGGCCUGUCCGGCGGCUAUAACUAUCCGGGCUCGAUGCACGGCGUGCCCAGCUAUCCGUUCAAUAUAAGCGGCUUCCAUCAGCGGCACAUGGCAGCGGCGGCUGUCGAAAAUGAACCAUUCGAUAUCAUUGAUACGGGCUUGGGCUACGGCGGAAACGGAAAUGCCGGUGUUUACUACCAAAGUGGUCAGGAUGUCGAAGUUGACCUCUCAACGGAAAUAAUCAAGCAACACUUUCAGAGUACCUGUCACACGGCAUUGGACACUUGCCGGGAAGAUCCGUCCUGCUCAUCGUCCCUGCAGCCAAUGCUGACGCACUGUGAGCUGCACCGGUGCAAUCGCAACGCGUGCAUGUCCUCGUUGCAGGCCUUCUACAAGGGGCCCCACGAGGACCUCAAUCUGGACAUUGCCUUUUGUCUAUGCAAAAAAACAAGCAGCGUCCAGCAGAACGGCAAUGGAAAUCGGCACGACAUGUGCAUGAUUGCACAGGAAAAACUGCAUCCAGUGUGCGCGCAGCGGCCGCCCGAUAACAGUAAUCCUGCCAGCUCCAAUGGCAUUUACUACCAUCCACCGCCCGCCUGUCAUGUGGUCGCCGACAGCUGCAAGGAAGACCGCGAGUGCAGAUUAAAGUUGGAGUAUUACGAGCAGGCCUGUGCCGUGGAUAGCGUGACCAAAAAAUGUGCCGGCAGGCCGAGUGGCUGUCGAACUGCAAUGAUUGGCAUUUUGGGCACCAUGUUGAGGACGACCUGUGCCUGCCAAGGAACGGAUCCCCAGCACCUGUACCAGUGUGUGGGAUGGCGACGUCUACUGUGGAUGAACCCCUGUGUCGUUGAGGCUCAAAAGGAUUUCCAUAUGAAGCGAUUGGCUGAGCUCGGUUUCCUGACCACCACAACAACGACGACCACCACGACGACAACAACAACGACGACAACGACCACGCGUGCACCGCCGCCUCCACCUCCGCCCACCACAACAACAACGACUACUACCAGCCUGCAGCCGAAGCAAACGCCUAGGAAGCCGGCGACGCACAUCUUCAAGGACGUCAUUGCGGCAAAAGAGAAAUCAGAGCCAACAUCGGUGGAACACAAUUAUCUCGAUCCGCCCGACUCAAUACCGCUGCCCAGUGUGAAUGUCGAGAGCGGCGGAAAUGGCGGAAAUGACGAUUAUCGCAGCAGCAACGGCAAUGGACACGGAAAUGGAAAUGGCAAUGGUAACGGGAAUGGCAAUGGCAGACGUAAAAAUGGCGAAAAGGGACGCGGCGGCAGUAUAGAUUUCGAUGAUCCAGUAAUUUUCGUCGACCCAAGGGAAACAACGGAAUUUGUGGGCAUCAGCAUCACGGAGCCGGUAACCACAACAACCACAACAAUGGCCACCACGACAACAACACAGCCGCCAAGAAACUGUGUUGUGCAGCGACCACGCCAGUCGGAUCAACUUAUUCGUGAAGGCAGCAGCAAACGGAUCUACUCCUUGGACGACGUCGAGUGCAGUGAGCUGUGCAGCUGCGGCGAGUCGCUCAUUCUCACCUGCCACGCCCUCUGCGUGCCGUUCGCCCCCUGCCGCACCGCCCUGGCAUUCUACAGCCACGCCUCUCCCGCCUAUCAGGCGUUCCGCGGACGCUGUUUGUGCUACUCCGGCCGCUUCAUCUGCAUGAAGCCGCCGCUUGGGGAGUACAUUCUGCCAGGUGGUAUAUUCCUGCUGUUGGGCUACAGUGCAGCAGAUGAGGCUCUGCUGAGGCCUCACACCAACCUGGGGGUGCAGGAUGCCGUGCGAGCCCUCCAGCAGUACGUAACCACAUACAUCGAUAAUCAGACGCAGUGCACCCUCACGCUGUUCAAUAUGACCGAGGAGAACAUAAUCAUUGCUGCUCGUCUGCCGCACGAUGGCAAACUGAAGGAUAUUGAGCUGUUGCGUAAGGAGAAGGACGAGUGCACCGCAAUACUGAAGACCAUCAGUCAUCAAAUCAAUAGCGAGCACAGUGAGCUCCAAUCCCACCGACUGCUGAGCAUUUUCAAAAUGUCCGAAGUCGAGGUCGUUUGGCCGGAGAGCACGAGUGCGGCGGCCCGGAGUGGACAUGGUCCGGGCCAGUUUGCCGGAUGCCACCGGCUGCUCUACGCGACGAUGCUUGCCCUGGCAUAUCUAUCCAGCUGGACAACUCUGCGUAUGAGCGAUGUGGCGACAUGACAGCCGCAUAGCUGAAGGAUUAUGGCAAGGACAAUUGCAUAACUGUAUGUAGUAGAUAUUUGUAGGGGGAUCAUCAUCGGUGGGAAGCUGCGCCAUUCAAGUUGCGACAUGUUGAACGAUAGCGUUAACUAUAAACUAUAAAGAUAUGGUGCAUACUCUUAGGCGCCGCACAUGGCAUAGCGUAAUAUCAUAAUGUGUUGUAUACAUCUAGGGGCUAGUUCUGUGUUUAGCUGAGAUUUUUGUAAAGCUUUGUUGUUGACCUUUGACGAUGUUGCUGUCCCUUUUGAUACGUACAUACACACAUACACAUAUGUGAAGCAUUAUGGGAUAAACAUACAAAACUUAUUAGACAUACACCUAAAACUCAUCUAGUUUAAACUAUAAUUUAAUGUGAAUGGAAACUGCUGUCUACAUAAUAAUAUUGUUAGCAAUUAACAGAGGCAAACUCGAUAGUUGGAUUUGAUGUGGCGUGUAAAUAGAAGGCAUAUACAAUAAGUACUAUCUGUAGCUAGUGUUUUAUACGGUAAACAAUAAACACAACCCCUUGUCCGUCUGUCCGUUCAACAUUAUCACAGCCAAACAGACAUACAAUUGCAUCGUUCUCAUUGUUUGCUCUUUAAGCUCUAUAAAGUUCUUGGCUGCCUCAAUUAAAAAGAAUUAUUAACCGCCUUAACAGUGUUUACUUUGUUAAAGGAUAUGAGUGCCUCUUCUGGAUAUGCCAGUUCCCUUUUGAUUUUUAAUUACAUUUUAAUGCGGCUUGCCUGGCCUUCGCACAAUACCUUCUCUUCCGGGCAAACAAAUAAUAGUCAGGCGUGCGAAUGAACUCAUUUAACACAUUCGCAUUCGAUGGAUGUGAGUGCAAAACGUUAUUGUUAAUUUAUUUCAUAGUUUUCCGUUUCGAUUCGUUUUGAGGCGCGAAAACAAUUACGGUUUCAUUAUCAAUUAUGCGUUAUGCAUUUCGAUUGUUGCCACAAUUUCACCGGGCCGUGACCUCGCCUCGUUUCAACAGGUUUCAUUGCUUACCAAAUAAUCCGGAAUCCUGAAUCCUGAAUUAACGUUUCAGUUCGCUGUACAUAAAUACUUAACACUUUGAGAACUCAAUUUACGUAAUUAAACUACUAACAGUACAUAUCAAUAUGAACACCUAAACGAGUUUUACACAGAAACAAAAAUUCUUACAAUGUCCCUUGAAUGCUCUUUUGUAUAUAGUUCUUUAUACCAAAAACUAUACAUAAUAUUUACAACGAUAUACAAGAAGUUAAACACAUGCCUAAGUCAACCCUAUGAAAAACGGUAUGAGUACUUGAUUUACGUUGAACAGCUAAGAUCAACUUUGUAUAUUAAACAAUAAGUUCAGUUGAGCCUUAAACAAAGUGUGUUAGAGCGGAGGGAAUAGCUAUUGUAAAUAGGAGUUAACAACACCUGAGUGAAUGGAAUAUCUAUGAAUACUAAAUGAAUGUUUGACAUAUAUAAACAAAGGCUACUCACGCACUAUUCACUUUAAGUCUAAGCUUGACCAUUUGAAGGGAAACGUGUAGCAGUAUGAAAUGUACGCAUAUUGAAAAUGGUCACAAUCAUGAAAAAAUGUCUUCCUUAAUGCAUAUACUCGUCGAUAUGUAUUAUGUUUAUACACAUAAAUAUAUAUACACGUACUAAAGAAUACCUAUAUAUACCUAUACGAUAUCUGGCAAGACCCUAGCCUACGCUUCAGUUAGACAACAAAAGGUAAUGUAAUAUAGACACCAAGGGCUAAACCAUAUCACUAUCGAAUAUCCUUGCAAAUUAUAUACCACUGUUGACACAAAUUAAAAGUAACCGCAACAUAUCUAGCAAAUAUACCCCUAAAUAAAUAUAAAUAUAUAUAUAAUUAAAUAUACAUAUUGCGUAAAGUUAUAAACGUUAGAGAGCAUUGAAAACUACUUUAAUAGUCUCUAGAGGAAGCAACGCUUUAACCUAAAAACCUAUAUAGGCAGCAACAGCAGAAAAGUGUAAAGUUUAUUGGAAAACCUGCUUAAGAUAUCUUCUAGCUAAAUAUUAGACGAAUUUAAGGCUAUCCAAAAAAAAUCUAAUAAGAAACUAGUAGGUCGCUAGGAUUAGAACAAAUUAGUAGAAUUGUUGGGGCAUUGGAUUUUCAGUUCAUUUGCUAUCCUAUCCAUAUCGUUUAAUGGCCAACAAAAGCAGCAACUAAGUCGUUAUACUUUCGGAUCACAUCAGUGAAAAGUGGCAAGUGGCAGGUGGCAGGUCGAGUGUAUUGUAUCAUCUCAUCCCCUCACUUACAGGGUGCGGACAAAGCGUAGCUACAAUGUAAAGUACCGUUAAAGUAAAAAAAAAAAAUGAGAAAUGGAAAAACAAGAUGGAAAUGAAGAAAAUUACAAAAUAGUCGCAUUAAUGUAAAAAGCAAAGCAAAAUGCAAAAGGAAAACUAGCACUCAAAUAGCAAUCUGUAGCAAGGAUACGAAUAAAUUCGAGGAUAGCAAAUCAGAAAGGCAUCGUAAUAAACGCAAAACAGAGCGAAUACUUUGAAAAUUAUGCAUGAGGAAUACGAGAGCCACACUUCAAGUUUAAAGCUGUAAGUUAAAAACUAAAAAGUAAAGGAUAUAUAUAUAUAUAUAUAUAUAUAUAUAUAAUACGAUAUGUUAGGAAUGAAUACGAGUGUGUGUUUUGUAAGUAAGCGGGCUUUAUGUUAGCGUAUACAACCGAAUUGAGGUACAUGGAUAAAGAUAAUGAUAAAUUUAAAAAUAAAUUAUAAAAUAAUGCAAAGCGAAUGGAAACCAAGCGAUACGUCGUGGCAUAUUUGUAAUAAAAACAAUGUAAGUGAAACAACAAGAACAAAAACAAGAGCAACAAAAUAAAGAAAA